AGGGAUCAUCAAGAAACCCAGAGCAUGCUUUCUGACUUGACACCAAACUCCCACAACUGCAACUGCCUUACUGACUCUAUUGUUAUGGAACGUAGGAGGCAUAGAAAGUCUGGAUGAUCAAGCAGAAGGGAAAAUGAAAAUAAAGAAGAAGCAAGCAUCAGAUCAGAAGUGACAAGUUCGGGGGACUGGUAACAUCUGAACAUAUCAAACCAAACAGGCAGACUCUUACACCAUCACUACCACAGCAUUUUACCACAGUGGAAUGCCACUGUAUGUGGAUUCCAAACAAGCUAAAAAGAAAAAGAGCUGAUUAGACCUCUGACUACCUGCUGAACGGGAUGACGGCCACAGCUGAGGUGGAGACACCAAAAAUGGAGAAGAGUGCCUCCAAGGUAGAGAAGCAGCAACCUAAACAAGACAGUACAGAGCAAGGCAAUGCUGAUUCUGAAGAGUGGAUUAGCUCUGAGAGUGAUCCCGAACAGAUGAGCCUUAAAAGCAGUGACAACAAUAAGAACUGCCAACCUGGGGAUGGUCAGUUGAAGAAAAAGGAGAUUCCCUCCAAACCACACCGCCAGCUAUGUCGAUCACCCUGCCUGGAUCGUCCAAGCUUUUCCCAGAGCAGCAUUUUACAGGAUGGUAAGCUUCACUUGAAGAAGGAAUACCAGGCCAAGAUGGAGUUUGCUCUAAAGUUGGGCUAUGCAGAGGAACAGAUUCAAUCCGUGUUAAACAAGCUGGGUCCAGAAUCCCUUAUUAAUGACGUAUUGGCUGAGCUUGUCAGACUUGGCAACAAAGGUGAUUCAGAAGGGCAAGUCAACUUGAGUCUGUUAGUGCCUCAUGGGCCCAACUCCAAAGAGAUUGCAAGUCCUGAAUUGUCUCUUGAAGAUGAAAUAGACAACAGUGACAAUUUGAGGCCAGUUGUCAUUGAUGGAAGUAAUGUGGCAAUGAGCCAUGGAAAUAAAGAAGAAUUCUCCUGCAGAGGAAUACAACUUGCUGUGGAUUGGUUUCUAGAUAAAGGCCACAAAGAUAUUACUGUAUUUGUGCCUGCAUGGAGAAAGGAACAAUCCCGCCCUGAUGCACCUAUUACAGAUCAAGAUAUUCUACGUAAACUGGAAAAGGAAAAGAUUCUCGUCUUCACUCCAUCUCGGAGAGUCCAGGGCAGGAGGGUUGUCUGCUAUGAUGACCGGUUUAUAGUCAAACUGGCUUUUGAUUCUGAUGGCAUCAUUGUGUCCAAUGAUAACUACCGAGACCUUCAAGUUGAAAAGCCAGAAUGGAAGAAGUUUAUAGAGGAACGGUUGCUGAUGUAUUCUUUUGUGAAUGACAAAUUUAUGCCUCCAGAUGACCCUUUAGGACGCCAUGGCCCAAGCCUUGAAAAUUUUUUAAGAAAGAGACCCGUUGUUCCAGAGCAUAAGAAACAACCAUGUCCUUAUGGCAAAAAAUGCACCUACGGCCACAAGUGCAAAUACUACCAUCCGGAGCGGGCCAACCAACCCCAGCGUUCGGUGGCUGAUGAGCUCCGCAUCAGUGCCAAACUGUCCACAGUGAAAACCAUGAGCGAAGGCACCCUGGCCAAGUGUGGCACAGGGAUGUCUUGUGACAAAGGUGAGAUAACCUCAGAGGUCAAACGUGUGGCCCCCAAGCGCCAAUCAGAUCCCAGCAUCCGGUCCGUGGCUGUGGAGCCUGAGGAAUGGCUGUCUAUUGCCCGUAAGCCUGAGGCCAGCUCUGUCCCCUCGCUUGUGACCGCCCUAAGUGUCCCCACAAUCCCACCCCCAAAAAGCCAUGCAGUGAGUGCACUUAAUACCCGUUCAGCUAGUAGCCCAGUGCCAGUAUCCUCCCAUUUCCCCCACCAGAAGGCCUCAUUGGAACAUAUGGCCAGUAUGCAGUACCCUCCCAUUCUGGUUACCAACAGCCAUGGCACCCCUAUUAGCUAUGCUGAGCAAUACCCAAAGUUUGAGUCUAUGGGGGACCAUGGCUACUAUUCGAUGUUAGGCGACUUCUCCAAAUUAAAUAUCAACAGCAUGCAUAAUCGAGAGUACUACAUGGCUGAAGCAGACCGGGGGGUGUAUGCCCGGAAUCCCAACCUCUGUCCUGACAGCCGUAUGAGCCAUACCAGAAAUGACAACUAUUCCUCUUACAACAACCUGUACUUGGCUGUAGCUGAUACCCUUCCUGAAGGCAAUUUAAAGCUGCACCGCUCAGCAUCUCAGAACCGUCUUCAGCCUUUUCCUCAUGGUUACCAUGAAGCCUUAACACGAGUGCAGAGUUAUGGCCCAGAAGAUUCUAAGCAAGCCCCCCACAAGCAGUCAGUCUCCCACUUAGCACUGCAUGCCCAGCACCCAGCAACUGGAGCACGUUCUAGCUGUCCUGGAGACUACCCCAUGCCUCCCAAUAUCCAUCCUGGGGCAACACCCCAGCCAGGCCGUGCCCUGGUGAUGACUCGGAUGGAUAGUGUUUCUGACUCCCGCCUCUAUGAGAGUAAUCCCAUGAGGCAAAGACGACCUCCUCUGUGCCGGGAACAGCAUGCCAGCUGGGAUCCGCUGCCCUGUGCAACCGACUCCUAUGGCUACCACUCCUAUCCCUUGAGUAACAGCCUCAUGCAACCAUGUUACGAGCCAGUCAUGGUACGAAGCGUGCCUGAAAAGAUGGAGCAGCUUUGGAGGAAUCCUUGGGUUGGAAUGUGCAAUGAUUCCAGGGAGCAUAUGAUCCCAGAGCACCAAUAUCAGACCUACAAGAAUCUCUGCAAUAUUUUCCCUUCUAACAUCGUCCUUGCAGUGAUGGAGAAGAAUCCCCACACAGCAGAUGCCCAACAACUGGCAGCCUUGAUUGUUGCUAAGCUUAGGGCUGCACGUUGACAUGACAUAGAACUUAUUUCUUUAUACAAAUAUGAGUAUUAAUACUAAUCAUACAGUAAUACUAUUACUAUAACUAAUAAUCUGUGUUGCGCUUUACAAGUUACAGAGUAUUAACAUCAUUUAAGCGCAUAACAGUCCUGUGAGGUAGGUCUUGCUAACAUCCUCUUUUAUAGAAAAGGAAGCUGAAGCUCAGUGAGAUUAAGUGACUUGCCAAGGUCAUGCUGCUAGCAAAUGACCAAGUCAAGACGCACACCCAAGUCCUCUGACUCCAAGUCCCAUGCCCUUUUGCACUGCACCAUGCAGGUAAUGGAGGAUAAAACCCAGGGGGAGAGGUUUAAAUGCAAGAAACCCCAAGGGAUUCCAUUACCAGCAUUUUCUUAGCCACACAUUCUAUAUUACAAAGUAUGAAUAAUAUAUCCAAUUUAGAGAGCAAAAGCAUCAGGAUCAGAUUGUAUAUUGAAUUAACCUUUCAGGUUUUUUAAAUAGGAAUUUUUAAAGCUAUUUAAAAGUAAAUGCAUACUUUAUUGCAUGGAUAUCUGAUCAUUCAAUCUCUUUAUUAACCAAGUUAUAGGGUCACACUGAAACUUCUAAAGCUACAUUUCAAACCUAUUAUUAUCAAUUAUAUUGCAUGUGUGAAUGUAUAUAUGAAUGUAUAUAUUUGGUUUGAGAUGUGCAUGUAUCUCUGUAUAACCUUUUAUAUAGUGAUGAGAAGGUAGGCUCUACACAGUCCUUAGUCUACAGCUGUAUAAAUCAUGAAUCUGACUUGAUGAUUUUAUGUCACAUUUCGUAGUUUUGAAUAGUGAAACCACAUGCCAAUAUUUGAACACUGCUUUCUUCUGCACCAGAGCAAACCCUCUCCAUUUCCUUUGUGCUUUUUACUUGCCAACAUUUAUUAACAGUUCUUAGCUUCCAAGUCUCUUCACCACAGAAAAUUGGGGAUCAGGUUGCAGCCUUCUGCAGAGAAGCGGAUGGUUAAGCUCAAGUUUGGAGCAUAGCAUGUGUGUGCUACACAAGUUCAGAAGAGUUUGACCAGGACCAAGGGACUUAUUACCACAAUUCACUCCCCUUAUUCCAGGAGAGAUGGCCAAACUCAGGUGGCAUUAAAUAGUGAUGCAAAAGCUUCACUCAAGGAGGGACUAUCGGAUGCUCUUUGGACUUCUAUGCAGUAUUCAACAUCACAAGAUGAAAUGUAAUGGAGGACAGUGCAUAGCCAUGUAAUCCACUUUUUCCUGCUGUCCACCCUUUGGGCAAUAAGGUCAAUCAUUGGUGGAGCUGAAUUUCUUUCAAAAUCAAAACCAGGGGAUUUUCUAGGUGGAAAAAAAGGCAGCUUCCAAAAAAGACGCUGCAUCUUUGCUAAUAGCUGGCUCAGUUAUGCACUUCAAAUCCACGCAAAGAGGGUGCACUUGCCAUUAGAUAAUUCUUAAAUGUGCUACCAAAAAAAAGUAAGACUUUUUGGUUGGGUGGCACCAUUUGCGCAACUUGUAUCUUGCUCAGGGUGGGAACCUUUGUAUCUAAAUGCCUCCAGAAGAGGUAUUGUUUUUGUUUUUGUUUUCUAAGCUACACUAAAUGAACCCCCUUUUUGAAUCCAUUGUAGAUGUCAACAUUUUGAACCAUAACCAGCUUACUGUUUUCUGAGCUGGAACUUGCUAACUUCUAUGGUAUUUUUUUAUGAAAGUAGAGGCCUGGCCUUGGCCUUUUGUUUCUUCAUGAGAAGGUGUGGCACCGCCCAUAAAUGUUUCUUACUAUGAAACACUCUGAAUGGGAGGCUGUAGUCUGGGUUGUUUCCGGUGGUUUGAUAGUGGCUUACAUGCUGCUUUCUGGCUUUCUGUCUCUGUCCAAAUUGAUCAAUACUGCAUCUCAACCAAUGUUUCUCUUCAGUUAACCACAGCUUCACAUUUAUCUCCUAAGAUCCAAUCUUCCCAUUCCCAUUCCCCAGCAUAUUGAAAAAGUGUAAAUGUAUUUUCUAUCAGGUCGGUCCAUAGAGCGUGACAGUUACCACUGCAGUCCUUGCUAUUUCACACAAACACCAUUUCAUACCUUCAACUUCUUGAACUUUCUAAAUCUGCCCCAUGUCUAAAUCAGGGUAUUUGACAAUCUCAGAUGACUCUAAUGCCUUUGUGCCAGUUAGUUCAUCAUUCUACCAAAAUCAUCAAUGGCAUCGCAGUAUCUACUAGCUGCACAAUUUACAGGGAAGCAGAAGAUUAAUCUUAUCAGCUGCAAUUCAUCUUGAACAUGUUUAUAUUUAGUACUCAAAAAAAUUGUAAGCUCCUUUCCAUAUAGGAACUGUUUUUAAAGGCAGCAUAUGUAUUUCUUAUUUUCUAAAAACAAUUGUCACUCUUCUCCUCUCAUAAAAUGUGUAUGAACCAAAGCGGCUAGGAGCAAUGCCUCAAAUAACCAGAAAUGACCUUUUGUUGAUACAAAUUGUAUCUCUUUUUUUUCCUGAUUGUAUAGAAACAAAUGUACAAAACUCAUCUUAUGCUAAGUUUGGUACUGAGUUUUCACCACAAUGUUUGUGGCACUAUGUGUCACAGGGAAGUAAUCCAGGGGUUGUGAGGGAGUUUUUAUUUCCAAAGGACAGUAGUAGUUUAUAGACAAAGACAAUUUUUCAAGGCCUCUUUAUUACGAGGUACACAGCUAUUAUGUGUUCAAUUUCAAGCACUAUAUUGUGUAAGUUCUUAGUAGCCUAUUUAUGUCCUUGCAAAAGGGAUUUUGUGUAAAAAGUGUGUUAGUGAAUCAUCUGCAAGAAUAUAUAAAUGGAGUUUUACAACUAUGAGUGCAUAAAUCCAGCUUGGUUCUUAGUUAUUAGAGAAACAUUUUCUUUAUAUUGAGGUCAGCACACUUCUUGACCUUUCCAUUUUGUCUGUAAUUAUAAAACAGCAAAUAACAAAGAAGCAUUGGGACCCCCUUGGCUCCCUUGAUGAUAUCAAUCUUCCUUCAUGGGGCUAAGCAUGUGUCCUUCAGGAUUCUUACCUCCAAGCACUCAACAGGGGUUACUGCACAGUGUUUUGUGUGGUUUUCAAGAUGCAGUAUAUUUUGCAAGAGGUGCUUUAUAAUUUGAAUUCUUUCACUGAUUUUCUGAUCUCAUAGGAAGUCUGUAUCUGUUCAGGCCUUAGAUUUUUGUGAUUUUUUUUCUUUUUGUUAUUUUCAUUUCAACCUGAGAAGUGUGGACCUGGAGUGGUAUGGUCAAUCCAGGGCACCGUUUUUGUAAGACAGCUCAAAGGAAAAAGAGCCUUUUCAAAGGUGACAUUGAGCCACUGCAUGCUCUCCUAAGGAGUCAGGUAGGAAAGGGAAAAUGACAGAUACCUUAUGGAAAUGGUCUAAAAACUUUUCUUCUUCUAAGUAAUGAAACACAUAAUUCUCUCUCUCUCUCUCUCUCUCUCUCUCUCUCUCUCUCUCUCUCUCUCUCUCUGAGCUAGUUUCCAGGAGCACACUUCUCUAAAAAUUCCUUUUUUUUCUAUUUUGGAAUAAAUUAUCCUUAUAUAGUAAUUUAAAUAUUGUUAUCCAUUAACCUUUGGCAUUGAGUUUUCUUCUAACAUAUAAGAGUUCAUCUUGAGAGGCAUUCUGUCUAUGCUGUAAGUAUGAGACUUUGUACAAAUGCCCUUUUGGGGGGCCAACAAUUUCAAUACUUUGUUCUACUCUGUAAACCAGGUGUGAGUCUGCACAAGGAAAGUAAUGCUGAGCUGUCCAAAGAGCCCUGCUCAGGUCUCCUCCUAACCGUUCUCUGCCUUCCCCUAGUUUGCUUCUCCUCAGGACUGAUACUGAGGAGUGCAUAGUCUUCAACCGAAACAGCACUACAGUUAGUUCUCAUUGGAAACCAAACCAGUGUAUUUCUGGAACCUGCUUGUCUGAAGUAGUCAAAGUCUUUGUAAAGACUCAGCAUAUUCAAUAUGUAUUGUAUUAUAGCUAGCUAUAUACAUAGGCAGGUUGACUAUUUUUAGUCCUGGUUUGUGUAUCAUUGAGCUAUAGUAGUUGGCUUUAUCCAUUUGUGGAAUUAAACAAUACUGUUUAAUGGUUGUAAACUUUUAUAAAACCUCUUUGGGUUUUUUGUCUGACCCAAAUAUAAUGUAAGUCUCAAUGACAAAACACAUGAAGCUAACUGGAGGUGAGUGAAAAUAUAGCUUUCCCCAGUUUUGUCUGCCCCGAUAAUGCAUGUGCAAUGCUUUAUAAUAUGUUCUCACUAGCAUGAAUGUGCUAUGACUACUUCAUGAGGUUUUAAUUUGUUUUAUCUAUACUUGUGAUGGAAAAUGAUGUAUUGCUGACAUUGAACUGUAACCACAAUUUAUUGCAUAAACUAUUUGUCUACUAACCA